UGACACCUGCAUUCUGAAGCGCACAUCAUCUUUCCUUAUUCGUCAUACCGAAAGGAAUUCGCUUCUUAAUGCGGUGUUUACCCGAUAUCAACUACAAUGGCGGAGCUAGAAGUUUUGAGAAAUAUCAGUUUUGAGAGGGUGGAGCGAUGCAUGAAUGUGAUGCAGUCAGGGACUCAGAUGGUGAAGCUGAAGAACGGUUCUAAAGGUCUCGUCCGGCUCUUCUAUCUGGAUGAACACCGCUCCUGCAUCCGCUGGAGACCAUCUCGUAAGAGCGAGAAAGCCAAGAUCACCAUCGAUUCUCUGUACAAAGUCACUGAAGGUCGUCAAUCUGACAUCUUUCAUCGCCAUGCGGAGGGGACCUUUGAUCCAAGCUGUUGUUUCACUAUUUACCAUGGCAACCACAUGGAAUCUCUGGACUUGGUUACAUCAAAUGCAGAGGAAGCGCGGACAUGGGUGACGGGACUCAGAUAUCUGAUGGCUGGCAUCAGUGAUGAAGAUUCACUAGCCAAGAGACAGCGCACACAUGACCAGUGGAUGAAGCAGACGUUUGAAGAGGCUGAUAAGAAUGGGGAUGGUUUACUGAACAUCGAGGAGAUCUACCAGCUUUUACACAAGAUGAACGUCAACUUGCCUCGCAGGAAAGUCAAACAGAUGUUCCAGGAAGCAGAUACUGAUGACCAGCAGGGCACAUUGACGUUUGAGGAGUUCACAGUCUUCUAUAAGAUGAUGUCUUUGAGACGAGAUCUCUUUCUUUUGCUCAUGUGCUUUAGUGAAAAGAAGGAUCACCUGACCGCAGAGGAUUUUGGCAACUUUCUGCGUGUGGAACAAAAGAUGUCUAAUGUGACCCCAGAGUACUGUCUGGACAUAAUCAAUAAGUUUGAAGUCUUAGAGGAGAACAAGCAGAAAGGAGUUCUUGGAAUUGAAGGCUUCACCAACUACAUGCGCAGCCCUGUCUGUGAUGUGUUCAACCCUCAACACAACGAGGUUAAUCAGGACAUGGAUCAGCCUCUGUAUAACUAUUUCAUAGCAUCUUCCCACAAUACCUAUCUGACCGGAGACCAGCUGCUGUCCCACUCCAAGACGGAUAUGUACGCCUGGGUGCUGCAGGCCGGCUGCCGCUGUGUCGAGGUGGACUGUUGGGACGGUCCAGACGGGGAGCCCAUGGUCCAGCACGGCUACACUCUCACCUCCAAGAUCACCUUUAAAUCUGUCAUUGAGACCAUCAACAAAUACGCCUUUGUAAACAAUGAGUUCCCGGUGAUACUUUCCAUAGAGAAUCACUGCAGCAUUCAGCAGCAGAAGAAGAUAGCUCAGCAUCUGAAAGAGAUCUUUGGAGACAAGCUAGAUGUGGGGGAGGCCCUGAACAAAGACCCCAAGCAGCUUCCCAGCCCGAACAGCCUGAAGGGCAAGAUUCUAAUAAAGGGGAAGCGUCUUCCUUCGUACCUGUCUGCAGAUGCUGAAGAGGGUGAAGUGUCUGCUGAUGACAGUGCUGAUGAGAUUGAAGAUGACUUCAAGCUGAAGAAUAGCACAUCUAAUGGGCCGAGUCAGCACCAGGUAGAAUCUCACAUAAGGAAGAAACUUGACUCUCUGAUGAAGGAGUCUCAGAUCGGGGACAAAGAGGACACUGACAGCUUCUCCAUCAGAGCGCUUCUCCGCGCAACCCACGAGGGCCUGCAAAGAAACCUGUGCAAGAAUUCCAAAGAUGGUAUGAAGAAAUCUCAGAGUCGCUCCUUCCUCAGCAACCUCAAGCACAAGAGGCAUUCCAAAUCAAGGUUGAAAUGUCAGAGUGUUGAAACAGACGAUGACGGGCAGCAGGAGACAUCAGGAGGACAGUUCAACAGAGGUGGACGAAGAAGGAAAACAAUAAAGCUGAGUAGAGAUCUAUCAGAUCUUGUGGUCUUCACCAACUCUGUGGCCUCUCAGGAGUGUUUAGAUGAGGGAUCGCCCUUUAAUGUCUUGUCGUUUAGUGAGACACGAGCUCAGCACCUGGUGCACCAUCGAUCCGAGCGCUUCCUGACUUUCAACCAGUGUCAGCUCUCUCGGAUCUAUCCGUCUGCCUAUCGGAUCGACUCCAGUAACUUCAACCCACAGACAUACUGGAAUGUGGGCUGCCAGCUAGUGGCUCUGAACUACCAGACGGAGGGCCGUAUGAUGCAGUUGAACAGAGCCAAGUUCAUGGUGAAUGGUGGCAGUGGCUAUGUGCUCAAACCUGGCCCGAUGUGUAAAGGCUCUUUCAACCCAUUGCAUGAUGAUCCGCUCCCUGCAAAUCCUAAGAAACAGCUGGUGAUAAAAAUCAUCAGUGGACAGCAGCUGCCCAAACCUCCCGAUUCAAUGCUUGGAGACCGCGGUGAGAUCAUUGAUCCUUUUGUGGAGGUGGAGAUUAUUGGGAUUCCAGCAGACUGCUGCAAAGAACAAACCAGGGUUGUAGACGAUAAUGGAUUUAACCCUGUGUGGGAAGAGACCCUGUCCUUCACACUACACAUGCCUGAGGUGGCUCUGGUGCGCUUCCUGGUCUGGGAUCAUGACCCCAUUGGUCGAGACUUUGUGGGCCAGAGAACUGUAGCUUUCAGCAGUCUCAUGACAGGAUAUAGACACAUUUAUUUGGAGGGAAUGACAGAGGCAUCAAUUUUUGUCCACAUCACAGUGCAUGAAAUCUAUGGAAAGUGGAGUCCUUUAGUCCUCAACCCAAGCUAUACCAUAAUGCACUUGCUAGGAGCUAAUAAGGGUCGUCAGUUGCGGGGUUUCAAAGGCUUAUUUAAUAAAAGUUCCAAGUCCUCAGUGGACACGCAUAUCGGAGUUCCACCACGGAAACGAUCCAUAACAGACCACCUUCUCCGGAGGACCGCUAGUGCUCCUGCCAAAGGCCGCAAAAAGACCAAGAUGCAAUUGGCUGAAGCUGCAUAUGACAGAAAGCACAGCACUGGGGACUCUCAACCUACAUACGACAGAAAGCACAGCACUGGGGACUCACAAUCUACAUACGACAGAAAGCACAGCACUGGGGACUCUCAACCUACAUAUUCAGAAAGGAGAGCAGGGAACAGAAAAGCCCUCCAACAUCGUCCAGUCUCCAUGCCUUUGGAGAAGCUUUUACAUAGUCAUCUCAACCUGUCCUCCCCAGAGCAGGAGGAGCCUGAUCCUGGGGCUGACACAAUCAUUGAUUUCUUCAACCUUGAGAAGCCCAAAUCCAUCUCAAUGGAUCUUUUCAUUGAAGGUUCUGCCUUCAAAGAUCCUGAAGCCCGUGCCCUUUCUGCUGACCACAUUCAGGACUGUAACAUUGAGCCCAAAGAUACAAACGAGACUCCUUACCUGGUCAUUAAGGGCAGUAGGGAACGUGUGGGUGAUCUUCACAAAAAACACUCAAGAGAUGGUCUCACUGAUAAAUUAUGCUCUUCCAAAGGGCCUGCAGACCACAGGUCAGUUUCCUCAGAACAAAGUAAUGGUGGUGUUAGCUUGCGGACUGAAGGAAGUCAAAGAGAAUCAAAUCAAUCAGAAUCCCCUAGAAAGUAUAUAUUAACACCCAAGGCAGCCACAUAUUCCUCGUCCUCCUCUUCAUCUAUUUCUUCAAGCACCUGUCCCAAGUCUCCCCCUCUGCCGGGAAUUGACCACCCUGACCAAAUGAGUCAAGUGUCCAUCCAAGACAGUGCUCUCUCUCGCCUUAUUGACGCUGUCUCACUGGGAAAUGAGCAUGACACAUGUGGGUCAAUUUCUGCUCUGAUUGGCCAGUUUGAGGUUACUGCUGAGCAGAGCACCCUAAAUCUAUUAUUGAACUUACAACCCCUGAAACGUCCUCUUUUUAACAGUGAGCUUUCUAGUACUCCAAUAAAAGUAGUCCAAGAAUCUGUCUGCACAGCCUUAGAGCUAGCUGACAGACCCUCUAGUCCUGAAACCACUGAACCAGAGGUCUUUACCAUCUUGGAUGAGGAGGUGCUUUCUCCUGUGUCUGCAAAAAUCCGUUGUCAAAAGAACUUCCAAAAUGACUUUGUUGGCUCUUCAGUGGUCAGCAAGGAAUCGUCCCCCAUCAAGGUGCCUUUGGAAUGGUCCACAGGACGAAAUGUAAGCUUGGCGUUAAACAGAGAGCAAGGCUAUAGUACUCAAUGCCAUUCUACUGGCUCCUUGAGGAACUUUGAAUCUGGAGGUUACAGAGAAACCUCAGUCAACAGCACAGUCUCAGACCGCUUCUUGCUGUGCCAGGACUCAGCAAGCAGCAGCUUGAUGGAGGUGGAGAUCAAUGUAGAUGGGGAUCCCUUAGACAACACACUGAACUCUUCGAGUCAGGGCCAGCAAUGGUACAAUGUCUUUAGAAAUGUUCCAGGCUCAAACCAGAGCUCUCCCUAUCAUGCACCAAGACUGGAACCAUCAUUUUUCCACAAACCCUCAUACCAUCCUUCUCCUGUUCAUUUUUACUCUACAGAAACAUCACCCUUUCACAGACACAACCAAUCUCCGUUAGCACACCAAAAUCAGAUUUCUAGUACUAUCGGUCAAAGCAGCCAUCUUAUUAGCAAAUCCCAAUUAAGGAACUUUAACUGUUAUAAUGAAAUAGGUAGAUUUCCAUGUGGUAGUCACAGAAUAGAUACCACAGAUGAAAGGCAACAGGAGACAAGAGACAACAAUGGCCUGAUUCGCAGGGCAGAACACUUGCAAAAAAGCUCUUUGUCCUCAGAAUGUCUUGCAAGGGCUCAAGCCAGGCAUACAUCAUUAGAUAAGGACUUGUACACUCCUGUAUCAGACUAUGACUUGAUUUACAGCUCUGUUGAAUUGGAAGACUGCACAGAACCUCUAAACCCAUAUUCUCAGCCAUCUCCACAUCAUCAGGACUUUCCUGUACCUCCUCAUCAGAUCCUCAACAGGCUGUCCUUAGCCUCCUCUUCUAAAGUCUCUAAUCCAUGCAAGUCCAAAAGCCUUGGAGACCUGACUUCUGAGGAUAUCUCAUGUAAUUUUCAGAGCAAGUACAAGUCCAUUAGCCGAAGUUUUGUCACUCCCACAAUGCAGAAUCAAAGACGGACAUGUGGCUUAGCUGGUCAACCAAAGUCUGCUGACCCCUUAACUGAGCAGCUUCGCAAGCUUGUGACCUUGGAACAUGAGGACUCUCUGCAUUCCUUCCCUUCUUGUUCUCAGCCCAUCCCUAAAACUCUGUCAGUGCUCCCUCUGGUUUCUCAGAGCUCCACAGAUUACCCUGAGGACACUCCACCAUUGCUGUCAAGGCGGCUUUCCUCCCGCAGUCAAAGUCGUGUGCGUCAUAUAGCCAAUCGGGCACGUGAGAGACAGCAGGAGGCCUUCAAACACCAGUCCAUUGAAGGAUCCACGGAAGUAGUGCUUCGCAAUAAGCCGGUCUCCUAUCAAAAUCCUCCACCAAACAGGCAUUCUACAGGCUCGUAUAUUGCUGGUUAUCUGGACCGGCCAGGUCCUGAGGACAGAGGCUUGCCUGAAGGAGCCUGCACUACGCUGUGCUAUGGAUACGGAGAUCGCUACUAUGCUGAUGAUUCUGUGCUCCCUCCUGACCUCUCCAGCCCGUCAGAACCAGAGGUCUACUUCCUACUUAGGCUUUGACCAUGCGUCUCUCCUGCUGUUUUUGACUGUGCAUGUGUUUCCCUGUAACAGUCUAAACUAUAUGUAGCAGGACACUUCCAGAACUGCGGACAUAUACUGUAUCAAGGUUGGUGGGUUCCCGCUCCUACAUGUGCUACCCCUGCUGUAUCAAAUGGAUUAUUGUCUAUAUAUGUGGUCCCUGUCAUACUUGGAAAAAUGUAUUAUUCAAAGUGUGUGUUGUCUCAAGGUGAAAAAGAAAUAUGAAAAAAAAAAAAAGAAAACUGAGCAGUUGGAUUGGAUAUUUAUUGUUGUUAUCUUCUAUUUGUCCUUUUUUGUAGUACAACAAAGUCAUGAAGGGAUUUCUCUUUUAAAUCAGUCUUCCUACAUAUCUUAUGUUAUUCGUUUGUCUGUGUAGUUUGUAUGGGCUCUAUUUUUGUGACUGCGCAAGGCCUUGUGCUAAGUCUCAUCCAGGUUUUGUGAGAGCGCUAAUUCUAAGCACAAUUUUCGUGCCAGUGCAAAGUGCAAGUGGGCGUGGGUGGAAGUACUUGAGUUAUUUAUGGGCUUAUGCGCACAAACUGUGUGUGUAUUCUAUGUUAACGUAGUGCCGCUAAACACAAUUUGCUAGUUUCCUGAGAAAUAGAUCAUUGUGCUAAGACAUCUGAGAACCAUUUCUAUUCUCUACGCAGUCUAAACUCAGUUCCUGAAUUUGCAGUUUCGAGAUUCCACCAGCAGGUGGUAAUAAUGUUCAUGGAUCCUCAAAUUAUGUUCAAAUUAUCAGUUGAUCAAUAUUAUUAAUUAUGCUUACAUUCUCUGGUAUUUAAUAGAACCUACAUCCAAUUAGUCCUGAUGAGCACCACAUUUUUCGUACGUUUAUAGAGAUUUAUAGAGACACUGUCAUAGAGAUAUGCCUGACAUCCAACAAGGACACAGUUAAUGAACGCAAAAGAAUGCAAGUCCAUAUUUCUAUUCCUCUAAUGCAUUGCAUUAGAUCCCUUUUACACUACCAACUUCUUGUAAAUGUGCUUUCUUCAUUUAUAUCGCUAGUGCUUGACAUGAAAUUGGGAUAUAAAAUAGGAAGCAGGUGGUGCAAUAACCUCCAAAUUAAAUUGCACUUGACCCAUCCCAUUAGCGCCUUGCACACAUGAUUUCGCUAACCCACUUUUAACUGGACUUAGUACAUGCUUGCACGAAAAUACCAAAACAUGGCCAUGCCCACUGACUUUGUGCAUACGACGUAUUGCAUAGCACUGCGCUUAAGACAUAGUGCUCUUACUGUAAAAUAGGGCCCAAUAUGUUGGUCAGUUUAUCCUCAGUCAAUGCACUAUGGGUUUCCAUUUACAUUUUAAUAACUGUGACAUUUUUUCUUUAGUAAAACAGCAUGUGAACCGUGAACAAUUUCAGCAUGACUAUGCACAGAUCUGUAGAUGUCCCUGUGCUCUGAUAUUACACAGAAUGAUUCUGUUGGAUGGAAUGAAAUACAGCAUAUUUACCUGCUUGCUCUGACUUGCUUGCUUUCUAUUAGAAUUUAAAGAGGUUUGAAACUCUUUUUCAUAUUCUAAAUCUGUAUGGUUAAAGUUUUAUUUUUAUAAUUGCUUUGAUACAGAGAGCAAAAAUAACAUUUGUUAGACUUAAUAUUUUGUUUUUAAAGAGACAGUGACAAAAAGCAUUGUUCUUUUUUCAAUUCUCCUGUGCUUAAAGGUUGCUCAUCAAAGAUGAGUGUAACAUUUUCCUACAAUGCAAUAAAAUUCUCAAAUGUUU